GUGAUAAUGAAAAGAGGACUACUCUAUUUGUACUUUAAAUGAGGUUAAAGUACAAUUAAAAUAAGGUAUAACAUAAUUUAAAUUAUAGGUAAAACACCCAGGUGAAAAAAUAUCAUGUAUAAUUAAAAAAAAAAAAAACAUGACAUUGAGGGUAACUGAAAAUACUAAGAGCAAAAUAGACAUUGCCAACAAUAGGAAGGAAAACCUAUUAAUCGUCGAACGUUGGAGCAAGAUUUACAUUUUUAAGCAAAAUUGAAUAGGGAAAAUGAUAACAGAACUUCUAACUUCGAAAACAAUCUAGAAAACUAGCUAGAGACCAGAUAAAGAGCGUAUAAAGCUGAUGUGAAUGUCCAUUAAGUGACUUUCUCUGGCAAAUUUUAUUUGUCGACAAAAAGUUCUUGUUAUUUUGUUCUGAUAGCAAUAAUGGGAAUCAUAUUCCCAAGCGGAAUUAAUCUUUCAUUUCUGUUUCUUCAAAUCCUGCAUCUUGACGAAGACUUCUACAAAGAAGCACAAAAAAGCUUCUCCUAUAAGUUGACGCAAUCUCUUUGAAGUUGGACGUCAAGAAUCUAUUGAGGGAGAAAAAAGAAAGAGGAAGAACAUGGAUAUUGAGAAGAGACUCUACAAAGCUGCAAUUGAAGGUAAUGUUGGAGUUUUACAAGAAUUACUUCAAGAAGAUGCUUUGGUUCUUGAUAGACUUACCUUAAAAAGCUUUAAAGAAACUCCCUUGCACAUAGCAGCAAUGCGCGGGCACAUUGAGUUUGUGAGGUUAAUUCUUAACGGAAAUCAACAUCUUGCUGCUGAACUGGAUUUCCAAAAUUCAUCAGCGCUUCACAUAGCUUCGGUAAAAGGGCACAUAGAAAUUGUUAAAGAUUUGUUGGCAGUGAAUCCUGAAAUGUGUCUGGCUCGUGAUCGCGAUGGUAGAAAUCCUCUUCAUCUUGCAGCCAUCAAAGGUCGAGUUGAAGUCAUCAAAGAACUUAUACAAAUCAAACCAGAUGAAGCUCUAGGAAUGAUCACUAACAAUGGGGAAAACAUUUUGCAUUUGUGUGUCAAGCAUAAUCAGUUAGAGGCUCUCAAGGUGCUGAUGGAAAUUGGAUUUGAUCAUGCGUUUUUUAACGCAAAGGAUAGUGAUGGCCACACCAUUCUGCAUUUGGCUGUUGCUGAUAAGCAAAUUGAGACCAUAGAGUUUCUUAGGAGGCAUCCUGCAUUUGAUCUGAAUGCACUGAAUGUAUGCGGAUUAACAGAGAUGGAUGAUCAAAUUCAAGUCCAUGGUGACAUUGAAGACAUUGAAAGUGGAGAAUCCAGUCGAUUUACAAGGCCACAUCGAAAGGAAGUCAAUCAUACUUCCCGGAGCGAAAUUAGUGAAUCUUCAAAAUAUACAUCACAGAAAAAAAAAUUGGAGCCAUUACAAAGAGAAGAUUGGAUAGAAAAGGACAAAAAUACUUUAAUGAUUGUGGCUUCGCUCAUUGCAACCAUGUCUUUUCAAGCUGGUCUCACCCCUCCUAGUGGAUUAUGGAAAGAGAUUCUUCCAGGAGAUACUGCAAUAGCAUCAUCUAGUCCGAGUCCUACAGCAGAUUCAUCAGUGAAGAGAGGAAAGUUCCUAUUAUCGAUUUAUUACAAUUAUAUAGUGUCCAAUACAUUUGGGUUUAUAGCAUCUUUGAGCAUCAUAUUACUGUUGAUAAGUGGCUUGCCUUUAAGGAAGAGAGGUUUCAUGUGGAUAUUGAAGUUUAUCAUGUGGAUUGCCAUCUCUGCAACCACAUACACUUACCUUACAUCUGUCACAGCCUUUACCCAUGAAAGCAUAAACCAUGAUGACAAAGUCAUAGAAUGCUCACUAAUGGUAUGGAUGGGAUUGAUGGCCUUCCUAUUCAUUAUCCAUACAAUCCGUUUGAUGGUGAAGGGCCUGAAGGCUGUUAGAAAGCUGAAGAAAUUUAUUGCCAAGAAGAGUAAUGAAUGAAUUCCAGCUAGUGUAAUAGUAAUGUCCUAGCUAGUGUGAACAAGUAAAAAACUCUAUCUAAUUUAUCUGAGGAUUCAUGAUCUCCAUGAUUGUAUUAGUACUCUUACAGUCUAGUACUUAUUUUAAAAUAUUUGAGUUUUAGACCUCUUUGAAUAGUAAUAUAUUGG